AUGCAACUCUUACAAAAUUGGUUCCAAGGCCAUGGGCUUCGUAUCAGAGCCGAAAGCUUUGAAAGGGGAUUGCCCGUUGAUGCUUGCGGCGCUCACCAGAAGUUGUUGGCUGUUUUCAUCGCCUUCCUUCUAGUGGCAAAUGAUGUAUCCAUCAGAGAUGCUGUGGCCGUUCAGCCAUGUGAAUGUGGAUUUGCCGGAUUGCCUGACGGCAGAGGCUGUUUGGUGCACAAGUCCUCCGAUGUGGCGAGCCUCCAUCCAGAAGCGGCCGCGGUCCGCAGUUUCAAUCAUGUUUGGAAGAAACCAGCAUUGCUUCUUUAA